CAGCUGUUGCUGGGGUAACCUUGGAGCCUUCGCCAUGCCAUGGUCUCAGCUGUGGCUGCUGGGGAUGCUCCCAACUGCAGCGUUUGCAGCAGCUGCGCAGCGCCUGGGACCUGACACGGGCUAUGCCAAAGCGCAGUGUCUGGAUGGCAGCCCUGGGCUGUACUACUUCAGCCAUGGUAGUGGAGAUGGGAUCAAGAAGUUCUUCAUUUUCCAUCAGGGUGGUGGCUGGUGCGGUUCUGAUACUAGCUGCCUAGAACGGUCCAAGGGCGCUCUGGGUAGCACCAAGUCAGAUGCAGAGCAGAUGGACUUUGAAGCCUUGGGCAAUCUGAAGUUCUCGCGAGAUCCUACGACGAAUCCGCUGAUGUACAAUUGGAACCAUGCCUACCUUCGAUACUGCGAUGGUGGAUACUAUUCCGGCCAGCGCGAUGAGCCCAAGAUGAUUCAGCAGAGCUCCAUUUUCUACCGAGGCCGUUACAUCACAGAGGCCUUGUUCAGCGAUCUGACCAAAAAGUUUGGCUUCGCCAAUACCACGGAUGUGGUGAUCAGCGGCUGCAGUGCUGGUGCCAUGCGAGUCUUUGCCCAUUUAGAUGCGCUCAGAAGUUUUAUUCCAGGUAGCGCCAAGGUGGUAGGUUUGGCAGACUCCGGCUACUACAUGGAUGUCAACAUGUUCACCCCGCUGAAGCGAUAUGUCGUCACGGAACAGAAUGCCACGGGUCUUCUGAAUCAGGAGUGUCUGAAGACGUUUGAGGGUCAAGAGGAAAAAUGUUUGGUUGGCAGUGUGAUCGCCGGCUAUUUGAAGACGCCCAUCUUCGCCUUCCAAAGCCGCUUCGACUCGGACCAACGGAGUUGUGAGAUGGGUCCCCUCUGUCGCUUGUCCACUUCUUGUGUGAAAGCCUAUGCAGGCAACCUUUCGCAGUCCUUGGAGAAGACGCUUCAACAUCCGCAUGGCUACUUUUUAGACAGCUGUGUUCGACACUGCUCUUUUGACAAUUUGGCGCCGAAGGAUGCGAAAGGCAUCUAUCCUUUGCAAGCAUUCGCCACAUGGUAUGGAGGAGGUCAAGCAAAUUAUAGUCAGGAGUUCAUGUAUCCAUGUCCUGACUGUUGCAAUGCUGGCCUAGAGUUAACCAUUUGAUUCGA